UUGUUAACUCAAAAAAAUCAAAAUGUGUUCAUUCAGAGUGAGUUUUUGGAUUCCGGCGUGUGGUUCUACCAUAGAAUAGGACAACUCCAUAUAAUCUUGUGAUGUAUUACGUGGCGACUAAGGGACUCAUAGGCUUAACAGCUGAAAGAGACCAGGCUACAAUCACCAGGCUUCUUCAGCAACACUGCAAUGCCAUCGCCACCAAACCAAUAUGGCAUCCCCAACCGUUCAUCCAGCUCCAACGACUCCACAUCCCCCGAGGCUUUUCCAGAUUUCACUGCUUUUCCAUCCACUCCAGAGUUUAAACUUCUCUCUAACACUUCAAGCCCUCAGAGCUCUGCAUCUGACACUCCGAUUGGUGUAAGACGACGACCAAUUGUAGGCCGGAAGAUUCUCUCAACACCGGAACAAUUUAAAACCUAUGAAAUGCCUCAAACAUCACCAAUUCAAAUGCAAACUCCAAUGAGAAGAUGGGAUCAUGAACAAGACUUUUCUACAUCACCAUUCUCAACUGAAGAGCUAACUGCUUCUAACCAAAAAUACAUGCAUCAUGUGUAUUAUGAAUUAUUCCCAAAGGAGAAUAAAGGAUUUGAGUUCAAAACUCCAGUGAAAGUACAGAAUUCUCCAAUGAAUCUGAAUAGAGGCUCAGUAAGCCCAGUUUCAGGCGAUGAUUCGAGGGCUAUGGCCAUUUACAAAGCAAACCAGAAUAGGUCGCCAAAGUACAGUACCGCAUCAACAUCUAAUAAUGUAGCUGCAUGGAAAAUGUGCACUUUUUGCCGAAAAAAUGGGGAGACUCCUAUGGUAUACAUGACACACAAGGUGAAAGAAAGAAUUGGGAAUGACUUUGUGGUAACCUGCCCAAUUUUGAGGUCGCAUGUCUGCCCGACCUGCGGAGGUUCUGGGGACAAUGCUCACACUAUUACCUACUGCCCAAUUCUACGCCAUAGGAACCAUGGACUUCCCCUGCAGUCCACCACUAUAACUCUGAAGAACACACGCGUCAAGAGCAAUGGUAGGAAGCGCUUUUAACCCUUAUCGCGCUCGCAUUACGGUUGCUUGAGGCGCAAACUAAUUUUAUUUUUUUAAUUUUAUUUACUGGUUUUUGGGAUUUUUAAUUCAUAAGCAUUGCACUGAGCAAAACAUGCAUGGCACUGUGUUAGAUUAAAUAAUAAUAAUGAUCUCAAAAGGUUGCCAUAUAAAGUGGAAAUUGGUGUUAAUUUACUAAAAACUAUUAAUUUAACUUGAGGUAUUUUUAUUGUAGGUUUUACUUUAUGAUUUUAAAACUAUGCUCAUGACACAUUUUUUUUUUACUUU